GUUGUCGCUGUUUUGAGUAUGCUCGAUGUUUAAUUUACAACUGAAAAAAUAUUAAAGGAGGAACAAUUUGAUUUAGAACUGAAACUAUUCUGAAUGACACAGAAAAAUUGCAAUUAUUUUAUACACCUCAAAGCAACAGCACCACAGAUGGCAACUACUGGAUAUUUAAAAUUGAUAGGAUUUCUUACAGCUAUCAUCACCCUUUCAAUAACGGAUGCCUUACAAAGUGACCAGAACAGUAAGGAAGCAUCAGAUUUCCCAUUCACAUCAGAUGGUCGGAUAUAUCCCUGGAACAAGAUGAGAUUGCCUAAAACCGUUGUCCCAGUGCAAUAUGACCUGGUUAUCCAACCAAACUUGACCACAUUGAAUUUUUCUGCAUCUGUGAGAAUUGAAGUUUUCAUUGAAUCAGAUACCAACUCUAUAAUUUUACACAGCAAAAACCUGGAAAUCAUCAAGGCAACAGUCAUACCAGUGAAAAAUAAUGGAACAACUGGUUUGGAAAGUGACUUGGAAAUUUUGGAAUACCCACGAUUUGAGCAGCUUGCACUUCAGGCGGAUGUACCCUUGUCCUCUGGAAACAUGUACUUGAUUAAUAUUGACUACAUUGCCAAUCUGUCAGAAAGCUUCCAUGGCUUUUACAAGAGCACUUUUAAAAAACAAGAUGGUGAAAUAAGUGUGUUGGCAUCCACCCAGUUUGAGCCCACUGCAGCCCGCAUGGCAUUUCCAUGCUUUGACGAACCUGCUUUCAAAGCCAAUUUUUCAAUCAAAAUACAAAGAGAGUCCAGACACAUUGCUGUGUCCAACAUGCCCAUUAUAAAUUCUGUUAAACUAGCCAACGGACUCAUUGAAGAUCAGUUUGAUGUGACUGUUAAAAUGAGCACAUACCUUGUGGCUUUUAUCGUGGCAGACUUUAAAUGGGUCAGUAAGGAAACCAAGCAUGGAGUUAAGAUUUCUGUGUAUUCCGUCCCAGACAAGAUCAAUCAGACUUCAUUUGCACUUGAGGCAGCAGUCAGACUCCUGGACUUUUAUGAAGACUAUUUUAAUAUUUCAUACCCACUGCCUAAACAAGAUUUGGCUGCUAUCCCCGACUUUCAGGCUGGGGCGAUGGAAAACUGGGGUCUGACCACCUACAGAGAGUCAGCUCUGCUUUACAACCCUGUAACCUCUUCAGCCUCUGACAAACUUGGAGUCACCUUGAUCAUAGCGCAUGAACUGGCUCACCAGUGGUUUGGAAAUUUGGUAACCAUGGAGUGGUGGAAUGAUCUUUGGCUGAAUGAAGGAUUUGCCAAGUUCAUGGAAAUUAUCUCGGUUAACAUCACACACCCAGAGCUUCAAGUUAGAGAAUUCUUCUUGGGUAAAUGUUUCAGUGCAAUGGAAGUAGAUUCCUUCAAUUCUUCCCAUCCAGUAUCAACUCCAGUGGAAAACCCUGCACAGAUCCAAGAAAUGUUUGAUGAUGUCUCCUAUGAGAAGGGAGCUUGCAUUCUGAACAUGCUGAUGGACUACCUGACAGAAGAUGUUUUUAAAACUGGCAUUAUUCAGUACCUACGUCGCCAUAGUUAUGGAAGUGCAAAAAAUGAGGACUUGUGGAACAGUCUGACUAAUACUUGUCCAUCUGAUGAUACACAUAGAAGCAGAUUAAAUGAGCAACAGUUUUGCUUAGGAAAGUCAGAACUACCUCCUGGCUCACAGUGGUUCAUGAAAGAUGUCCUUGAUGUAAAGGAAAUGAUGAAUACGUGGACUCUUCAGAAGGGAUUCCCACUGGUUACUGUUACAGUGAAAGGAAGAGAAGUAUUAUUACAACAGGAACUUUAUCAAAAAGGUUCUAAUUCCAAAGAUGAAAAUUCUGAAUCUACAAGUUAUCUGUGGCAGAUUCCACUGACUUAUAUUACAAGCCAUUCCAAAACUGUCCAGAGGCACUUGAUGAGAACAAAAAAUGAUGUUAUCACUCUUUUGGAGGAAGUGAAUUGGAUAAAGUUCAAUGUGGAUAUGAAUGGUUAUUACAUUGUUCAUUAUGAGAAUGAUGGUUGGGAUGCAUUAAUCAAACUACUGAGAGAAAAUCACACUGUCCUCAGCAGCAAUGACCGAGCCAGCCUGAUUAAUAAUGCCUUCCAGCUUGUGAGUAUAGAAAAACUGCCUCUUGACAAAGCCCUGAAUUUGACACUUUAUCUGAAAAACGAAAUCAGUACCAUGCCAGUCUUCCAAGGCAUGAAUGAGCUCGUACCCAUUUACAAGCUUAUGGAAAAGAGAGAAAUGGUGGAAGUUGAAAAUCAAAUGAAGGCAUACAUAGUCAACUUAUUUAAGAACCUGAUAGACCAGCAGUCAUGGAGUGAUGAUGGCUCUGUCUCAGAACAGUUGCUGCGCAGUUCAUUGCUGCUGUUUGCCUGCCUUCGCAAGUACCAGCCCUGCGUUGACAAAGCAGAGGAAUACUUCAGGAAAUGGAUGGAUUCCAAUGGUACAUUGAGCUUACCCUCAGAUGUUACAUUAGCAAUUUUUGCAGUUGGAGCCCGGACUUCGGAGGGAUGGGACUUCCUGUUUGAGAAGUACAGACACUCACUCUUUACCUCCGAGAAGAGCAAGAUUAGAUUAGCCCUGACAAUCAGCAAUAAUACAGAGAAACUUCAAUGGCUAAUGGACCAAAGUCUGCAAGGUGACAUUGUCAAAACACAAGAUCUGCCUUCCAUUAUUAUAUCCGUGAGCAAAAAUCCAACAGGAUACCAUCUUGCUUGGGAAUUCUUAAAGAAGAACUGGGACAAGCUAAUAGAAAAGUUUGAACUUGGAUCACCUUCGAUUGCAUAUACUGUGACUGGCAUUACAUCUCAGUACUCAACACGGCUUCACCUUGAAGAGGUGCAAGGAUUUUUUGAAUCCUUAAAGGAUAAAGGUUCACAGCUCCGAUGUGUUCAGCAGGCAAUUGAAACAAUUGAGGAGAACAUCCGAUGGAUGGACAAGAAUUUUAUUAAGAUUGUUACAUGGUUGGAGAAUUUAAAAUCCCUUGAUUAAUUCAAUGACUAUUAUUUUGCAUCCUUAGUCAUUUCAUCAGCUCCCUUACAUAGAUACUGUUCUUUUCUAUGUUGUCUUAAAGUUAUAUCAUGUUUCAGGGAAAAUGUUAUUUACCAAGUUUGAAAAUUCAUGUGUAGGGAUACCAUUGCUGAUGCAGGAUCAUCAAUACUCAAAUAUAGAUUAAAAGAAAAAUGAUUGAAAAGAGCUAUUAAAGCUUGAGGCGGACUAUAGCAGGAAUUGCGUUUGCUACAGAGUAAAUAUUGGGGCAACAUAUAUUUUUAAAGUGUGCAUUGAAGAAAUAUAAUCCACAGAAAUUCUACAGUAAACCAUACCAUAGGUUUCAAAGAAAAUUUUCCGAGAUUCUGAGCUCAUUCUAAUUUAAAUUUUCUAAGUUAAAAUAGUGUAACUUGCAGAGAAAACUCCAUUCUUAAGAACAAGAUCAUUUGCUUUGAAUUGACUUGCCCAACUAAAGUAAAAAAAUUAAUAACCAUUAUCUUUUAAAAAUGUCACUUCAUCUGUAUUAUUUCAGUGAAACACUUUAGAAGGAAAUUGUAUCAAUGCACAGGCUUUAGCAGACACAGUUAAAUGUGAUUGAUGAUUCUUGGUACCUUAGUUCAGAAUUCUUGAGGUAUUAUGUUUUAUAUUUGCUGUGAGCACAUAUUUUACAUUUUUGAACUCUUACCUGCUCUGCAUAAAACUUUAGGAUAUUAUUAGCUCUGUAUUGACUGCAGAAUCUCCUCACCCCACAAAAAGGUAGACUAUUAUCUCGGGACAGUGCAUUUGAUUUGAUGACUACUGUAUUUGUGAAUUCCUUAAAGAAAUAAAUAGCUUAUUGGUUAGGUGGAACUCUAUGGUUGACAGCCUGAUGUCUAAAACCUCUAUUACAUAGAAUUAAAGGGAAUGGGAUUACCAAAGAAAAUUAUUUGUGAUUUUGUUAAUGAGUAGAAUAAGGCCUGUCCUAAUUUAAAUCCUGAGCCAAUUUAGCUUUAAACAGUUAAGCUAGAGAAGGUAAGCUUUUUUUCUUUAUAUUUAGGUAGAAAGGAAGUUACAAAAUUGUGAAAUAAUUGAGGUUUGCUUUUUAAAGUGGCUUAAUUUUAGACUUUUUAAUUCCUUAUUUCUUUUGCUGUUGUGUCUUACUGUUUUGCAGUUAUAAUGUGAACUGAAGGUUGCCUAGCAUUUGAAUUUCUUCAUUCAUAUUUUGGUGUCCUAUUCAAUAGGUGGUCACCCUCUGAAAGAGGGUAAUUAGUUAAGCAAAUAAACAUAUUUCUCCUUUUUUGGAGGCACAGUUAAUCUAAGCCUGAAUCUUAUAAUGAGGGUUCACAUGUGUUAUUAGGUGAGUCUGUCUAGUCUCACCAGGCCUGCUGCUACAUCUUAUGCACUGGUUCCCUCUGAGGGCCACGAUUGUGGAAACUCCUGAGUGAGUGCUCCAUCUAACAGCUUUGUGGAAGUUUUGCCCCAUCCAAGGCUUAACAGAAACAUAGGCCAGGAUCUGGUGCAUAUGAGUUUGUUUGAUUUAUAGUUCCAUUGUACAUACAUGCAGAUUUGACAAAGUUCUGGCUUAAUAGAUUCAUAAUAUCUUUAACACAAGAAAUUUGCCAACAGGCCGAUAAUUAAUGUUCAGGCUUUUUAGAAGAGCUGACCUAUUUAGUCCAUUUCCUACAGCUUUUAUCAUAGAAUUCUGCAAAUGUUAUCCUUUCCGUGUCUGACUAUGUGAGAAUUAAAUUUGUCUUGAUCAUGACCUCUAGUUAUUGAUAUUAUAGAGUGAUGGAGAUAUACAGCAGAGAAAAAUGCCAUUCAGACCAUCUAAUGUGUGCCAGUGGAAAAAAAGUUUUAGUUACAUUUUCUAGCACUUGGUACUAAGCCUUGAAUGCCUUGGCAUCACAAAAGCACAUCUUAAUACUACUUAAAUGUUAUAUUAGACACUAGACUUAUAGUUACUAUGUUCAUGCCAUUUUGAUUCUGAAUGCAUUGUAAGAAAAUAUAAUUCAAAUAUAGAAUCCAGAAGGGCAAAAUAUCAGUUGAAUGACAUAAGCCAACUUAUAAACCACAUUUUUUUAUUGUCUUAUCUAAUUUAGAUAUUAUUUUGAACACAUCAUUAUGAGCAAUAAUUAAAAUGAAACUUGAGAUUAUACAAGAAAUGUAUACAGCUGAUAAACUGGGCACAAUGCGUCUGGUUGAUAGGGAAUUUAACUUUGUUCAUGCAAAUUAGCACAAUUGAUUUUUAAACGAUGUAACUAACCUUUGAAUUGCCAGAGUAAGUAACUGUACUAAAAUAAAUUUGUGGUAAGUGACUAUAUUUCAAGACAACUUCAUUCUUUGUAAAGCAUAUUGAGGCAUUCUCAAGUUGUGAAAAAUGCUGCAGUAAUGCAAACUUCUUUAUUUUUAUGUGUGAUGAUUUAAAAUUAUUAGCAAUUGAUUUACUCGGGUUGAGAAUAAAAGUGUGCUUAAUAUUAA